AUAAAGGAAGUACUCAUGUUCAUAAGCCUCCAUUAUAGGAUUCAGUAAGUUCUUGUUGUGUAACGACACUAGGUCGUGUGCAAUACCUGUGAACAUUAUAUCUAAAUGUUAUAGUUGGGAUCAAUGUCUCUUCACCUUUCUUGGUGCUGCAAAUCUGAGAGGGUGGGUUCGAAUCCUAAAUUGGACUCAGAAAAGUAACUGUUAUGCGAAGUAUUGCGCGUUUCACAAUUUCCAAAAGACAUUGUUACGAUUUACAGUUAUCGAGAAAUACACACUGACACAGACUGUCAGGCCAUUUUUGUGUGAGCCUUGAUGGUUGAGUGGCUGAUGGCGAUUUGUUUCCUCACUAUUAGAGCAAGGGUUCAAAUCCCCUGCGGGAGUCAACCCCUCAAAAGUUCAAAUAUUUGUACACUACACUAAGACUUUAAUCUCACGCUUUUCUAAAAACAUCACGCAUUCACGACAUAAUGCAGUUUAUGAUCAUGUUAAACAACAACAUUCAUACAUGGCAAAAUCCAAAGAUAACAGUUCCCCGCGUUCAACAUAGUGAAUUGCCAGCACCCGUGAGGCGCUUUGCGGCCUGAUGUAGCAUACCUCCCAGUCUACAACUCCAUUCAGGGUACGUUAAGGGCGGGUGCCCUCAUUUUUCACUCAAGCAGUAGAUCACGACAGUCGAGACCUGUCCCGUCGCAAACCGGCGUGCCCUAGUUAGGCUCCGUGCACAACUACGUCCACCUGCGUUAUUGUUUCGAUCGUGACAUGCUCUUUCCUUUUGUGGAAAUUCCAGCAUUACCAACACGGCCCAUCCAGGAGCAGACUCAACUACAGAAGUCUUGUCUUGAACUAAUUCAUCAUGGCCGUGAACAUCCCCGGACUCAUCUCCGUCAUCGUGUUCUACAUCCUCAUCCUCGUCAUCGGCAUCAUCGCCGCCAGGAAGAGCAGAAACAGUAACGCCGAAGACUCAUUCGUGGCCAACAGGAGCAUCGGGCUGUGGCUGUCGUUCUUUACAAUUACUGCGACCAACAUCGGAGGAGGCUACAUUAACGGCACAGCGGAAGCUAUAGCAUACAGCGGCCUCAUUUGGACCAAUGCUCCCAUUUUAUACUGCAUUUCUAUCAUCAUCGCUGCAGUUUUCUACGCACCGACGAUGAGAAGAGGAGGAUAUAUCACCAUGUUUGACCCCAUCCAGAAUAAGCUGGGAGCUCGAGCCGGAAGUCUGCUUUUCUUCCCUCAGCUGAUGGGAGAUAUCUUCUGGACAGCAGCCAUCUUGUCAGCCCUGGGGUCCACCAUGUCCCUCAUCCUGGACCUGGACCCUGUUCUAUCCAUCAUCGUGUCCAGCUGUGUGGCCGUGUUCUACACCUUUAUAGGUGGGCUGUACUCUGUGGCCUACACUGAUGUCAUCCAGCUCAUCUGUCUCUCCGUGGGACUGAUUGUGUCAUGUCCGUUUGCCUUCUUCCACCCAUCUGUUGAUCUGGCAAGUGUGCAGGACACGUGGGUUGGUGAGCUGCCCACAAACAUGAUUGGUUUAUAUGCAGAUCUCUGUUGUCAGCUCAUCUUUGGCGGCCUAUCUUGGCAGGUUUUUUACCAGAGAGUGUUGGCUUGCAAGACACCCAGUGUUGCUCGGACAAGUUCCAUUGUGGCAGCGUUUUGUAGCUUUCUCCUAGCCAUACCCCCAGCAGCUAUCGGAAUAGUCGGGGCAGCCGCAGAUUGGAAUGCCACGUCCUACGAAGGCGAAGUCCCAAUACCACAAGAAUAUCGCAGCUUUAUCCUUCCCAUGGUGCUCAACUACCUGUGUCCACUUCCGGUGGCAGUGUUGGGACUGGGUGUGGUGGCUGCUGCUGUCAUGUCAUCUGCCGACUCCUCUGUCCUCUCCAGUGGAACCAUCUUUGCUAAGAAUAUCUACAAAGAUGUCAUACGUCCACAGGCCAGCGACCGAGAAGUGAUGUGGAUCUUAAGAGUUGGUAUACUGGUGACUGGUGCAUUGUCAUGCGUCCUAGCCAUUAUGGUGAAGUCAGUAUAUGGACUAUUCUACAUGUGUUCCGACCUCAUGUACGUCAUCCUCUUCCCCCAACUCACCUGCGUUCUCUGGAUCGGGUUCACCAACACCUACGGCUCUCUCACCGGCUACAUCCUCAGCCUCUUUCUGAGAGUGGCGGCUGGGGACGCUCUACUGGGAAUACCAGCCCUCAUUCACUUUCCUUUAUACACAGAAGCUGAUGGUCAACUGUUCCCUUUCAAGACCCUGGCGAUGAUAGUCAAUUUUGCAGGAAUCAUAUCUGUGUCAGCGUUCACAAGGCUUAUAUUCCGACGAGGCUGGCUGUCCACCAGAUGGGAUGUGUUUAAUGUGAUAAAGAGAGAAGAGGACGCCAAGAGAGCUGAAGAGAGAGGAGAAAGUCUGAUGAUGAAGGAACGAGAUGAUGGUAACAGAGACCUGGAUUAUGCACAAAAUGAGAAGAUGAAACUUAGGGAUAACGACAUGCACUGACUAAAAUGAUAACACUGUUGGUGUCCUCCUGUAUAAUAAGACUCAAUAUACACAGAGACUUACUCAUUCCUUCGCAAAUUAUAUGUAACCUAUAACAACCCACAGACAGAAAGUCGUUUUGGUGUCUGUAUUUAACUUGAUGGGGACGUCUGCAUUUGGAUUAUCCAUGUCCCCUGAUGUGUACCCAUGUGUAUUGGGCCACUCCAGUGAUAUUGAAGCAGUGGAUUUGUUUACGUUCAUUGUCUAUACCAAAUAUUUCAAUUAUUUUUUCAUAUACAAACCAUAUAAUUUGUGACACCAAAGUUCACUGACUAACUGGAGUGUUUCAGUGUUGUUACUGCGUUCAGGCGUCAGUCAGCCCCACUACAGUUACCUACUAAGUAUGAACGUUCCACACUGUCAGGGGAGAUGUAAGCUCAGGCUCUCCCCUCGCUUGGUCAGUAACGGCGUUCGCCAGUAACAGCAAGUGUGUAACCAGAUGAUCGAUGCGGCAUGGACCACAGCAGGGGUGGAACUUCUCCCAUCCAAAUGGGUCGGCCAUUGAUCUACAACACUUGAAAAAAGUGUUAAGCCACGACCAACGUAAUUAGUGGGACAAUAUGCAUUUGACACGAUACUAAUAUAUUUUGAAAUAUGACAUGCUCAAAUAAACUUCAACAUGUGUACAAAUCACAGUUGACAAUACCA